AUGCCAGUCAUCACGAUGUCAAAACGGCGGCUUGACAAAGCGCAGGAAAACCUCUAUUAUAGUUUUUGCAUCUCUCAACGAGUAGCGCUGUUCACGCUUCUUCUCGCUCGAAGGCCAUCUUUGCUUUGCCCUUUUUUAACGUACUUUUGUUUUAUGGCGGGUUACUUUUGGCUAAAUAUAAUAAGCUUUGAUAUGUGGUACACAUUCAAAGGAUUCUGUUCAUUACAAAGAAACGUCAGACAACGAGAAAAGAGAAAGCUGAUAUAUUAUACGAUCUUUGCGUGGGGAUGUCCCUUUAUGUUUGCUAUUUUCUGUGUCAGCAUGGAUUUUCUUCCCGCGUAUGUAAAUGUACCACCAAUUUUGCGACCGAAAUUUAGUUUAGGAGAUUAUUGCUGGUUCAAUGAGGCUGGUCCGUAUUUGUUGUAUUAUCAUGGGCUCAGAAGUAUGUGCAUCAUCAGUAGCAUUUGUUUAUCUAUUUCUACAGCAUUAAAAAUUAUGCGUUUCAAAAAGGAUACGAGUCUUUGUCUGAAAGAUUCGGAGAACAAUUGCUUUAACAAUAAUAAGAAAUGGCAUAAAAUGGCUCAUGAUAACAACGGAUGAAUUAUCUGAAAAUGUAUCAAUUUACAACUACUAUGUUUUUGUUUUGCUGGACAUUAUGCAGCAUCUAUGCACCUUUAUCAUAUUUGUGUGGAAAAAAAGGAUCAAGCGCAUAUUAUUCAAGCGAUUCGGCUGCGGUUUGUUGUCAAAAGCUCGAUCCGGAUAAAAUGUAACAUUGUCGAACAUUAUUAUACCACAUCAAAUGGAAUAGUAAAUCAGGAGAAGAUGAUUUUUUCCGGACGAGGAAGAAGUCACACUGAUAUGACCGACCAUUAAUUUUUAUUUGAAAUUUAAAAUCAUGUUUAUUUAUGCUGUUUUUUUAUGUUUAAGGUUAAUAAUUAUAAUUCAUACAUAUUUUCGGAUUUCGUAGCAAAAGCAUAUUAUUUUGUCUCGUUUCUUUUUCAAAUUCAAAUUAUUUUUAUCACUACCAUCAAUAAUGAAAAUUAUCCAGAUUAUUGCAACUUAAUAUCAGAGAUACUGUUCUCUCUUUUCAAUAUAUUCAUAUAAAUAAGGAUCCCAUGAAUAUAAAGACAUCUCACCAUAAUUAAAGUAUCCAACCUCAAAAGGGAAGAUGUAUUACGUUGUGAAAUCAUAACUAUAUAAUUCAGCAAUCUUGAUCUUAUUUCAAAUCAUUAUAUUAAACAAUAAUUUUAAUAACAAUAAACUAAAUAUAGCAAAUAAAUUAUAUAAAGAACAAUUUCAGAAACGUACAGAAGCUAACAAUAGAAAUCACAGCAUACGGCUACCGCUUUAAACUCUCUUGAAUUGUCACGCGGAACGCCCCGAUCUUGAGCGAUAAGCAAUCCCGUGCUGUUCGCACCUUCGACGUUGGAUGCUGACACCUGCAAGUCGUAAAACUCGAUGACCAAUAAAUCACGAAUGCUCCUUAGAUUUUUACGACUUAUUCAAACUUAUAUUUUCUUAUCGUCCGACAUCUUAUGACCAUAUUUGGUCAAAAGUCGAGCACGCUCGAUUUCACAGAACUGUCAAAUAACCCCUUUUUCUUACGAGAUCAAUUUAUUAUAAUAUCUUCCAGGAAAGCGCUUUUGUGGGAAUUCUCCCACCCAAAAAUUGCACACAACACCAAAAUUUUUCGUUUUCCAGGGUAUAUAAACUCCUGAAAAUCUGAUCCAGGGGCGACAUUACAUCACAGAAAAGCCAUAGCGGCAUUACAUCCUAGAAAGCCAUAACGCCAGUACGAAAUCAAGCCUUAACGUAAAGAGUACACGAUUCUGUUAACGACACUUAGUAACUGCGUCAUUUAUAUCUCGGCGUUUUUGUUCAAGUCACGGGUUAGUCGUCGACCUUGUUGACUUCUCAAUUUCGUAAUCGCUCAAUCUGUAAGCGGGUUAAAAGACAAAUAAAGAAC